GCACCUUCAGACAGUGGCAUCUACGUCUGCAAGGCUGCAAACCAUGGAGGGGUGUCUGAAGAGAGGAUUGAAGUUACCGUUGAAGGGAACCGCCAUUCACAUUCCAUUCCAAGCUGGUGGCAGAUGAUAGAGUUGUGACUGCUUCAAUUGGAAAAAGAGCAGAGCUUCGCUGCCACAUUGAAGGAACAUCUCGUCCUCUUCAAAUUGUUUGGUCAAAAGUCUUGCCCGAUGGCAACUUGGCAGAAGUUCCUUCAGACAAUGGCAUUGUGCACUUUGAGCGUGCAGGCAAGUGAUGCAGGCGUCUAUGCUUGCCAGGGCAAAGAAGAUGGUGCUGCCAUACUGGACACCCGUGUUACACUCGCUCUAGUGGCUCCGCCUCGAAUUCAGCUGAACCCGACCCAGCAGACAGUACGUCCAGGCCACCACGUGUACAUCCAAUGCUCGGCCAUCGGGGAGCCGCCCAUCACGUACCAUUGGACAAGGCAGGGUGGGCAGCUGCCUCCAAGCACUGUGCAGAGGGAUGGCCUGCUCGAAUUCCGUGGUAUCUCGAUCUCGGAUGCUGGUCGCUAUAUCUGUACAGCUGCCAAUGCUGCCGGAGAAGCUGAAGGGGUUGCUGAUGUCAGGGUCACAGAGGGUGUUGAAAUCGGAUCACUGCGAAAAGAAGAGACAGCAUUUGUGGGCUCAAACAUAGAGCUGCGCUGUCCACUGACGGGCUCCCCUGAGAGAAUUGAAUGGACAAAAGACACCCAUGCCUUGCCACCAAAUGCUAGACAAGUGAAUGGAGAACUCUGGAUUAAGGACGUGCAACAAAGCAACGAAGGAAGGUACAUCUGCAAUGCCAUGACAGGGGACAGGUUGAGCUCCAGAGACUUCGUCAUCCUUCAUGUCAGAGAUGUUCCUAGCAUCUCAGUGAGGAUUCGGGCCAACAAGGAGGUUGUCCACAUGGGUGAUAGCCUGGACCUUCACUGUGUUGUGACGGGAGAUGGCGCUGCUUCUGUGAAGUGGACCAAGCUCGCAGCUGAUGAUCACUUUGCUGAAAAUGUGCGAGUGCGUGGUGCUGUCCUCUCGGUGAACGGCGUUCGCCCUGAAAAUGGUGGUGUCUACCGCUGCUCUAUUGACAGCCC